AUGGAGGAGAAGGUAUAUUCCCCAGCUAAGGAAAUAAAAGCUCCCAUACCAGCAUACAUUCAGCUCAACUGGAAAAAAGAGACACCUGAUUACCAACUCAGCAUUAACACAGCUCGUAACACAAGGCUUCUAACAAACCUCGACGAGUCCCUUUUAGAAAGUCAUACCUGCUUUUGGGGAAGAAAAUCGACCUCGGUAGAACAAUCUAGAGAAGGGGCUCGGACUCCUCCCAAAACACCUCCAGUUAACAUGACAUAUGCAGAUGACUCUGAAGAAGACCCUGAAGACUUUGAAGAAGACUUUGAAGACUUUGAAGAAGAUCUUGCAGAUGAUGACUAUCCAGGUAUCAGUUCGAAUGACACAACAGGACCUGACCUGUCAGUAUCUGCAGCCAACGCUUCCGUUAACGGCCUACCAAACAAGGAAAAACCCUAG